UCACCGUGGCGAGCGGCAGCGCGCUGAAUGAGUUUGAAUUAGCGGCUUUCACGUUCGCGAGAGUCCGAGCGUCGGAUCCGGUCGGUUAGAAAAGGAAGAGGGAGGAGGGCGACAGAUAUCUUGAGGCGCGGCGGCUGUUGCACCCUUGUUCGCUCUAACAUUCAAUCGACCUGCAUUGUCCCAUGCAAAUUCAGAAGCUCAACUUCUAUCUUUUCAACUCCCUUGCUGUCUGGAUUCAAGGUUUUAAUAAUGGCAGUAAACGUUUAUUCUACAUCUGUGACCAGUGACAACCUAAGCCGGCAUGAUAUGUUGGCUUGGAUUAACGAUUCUCUUCAAUUGAGCUACACAAAAAUUGAACAGCUGUGCUCUGGAGCAGCAUAUUGCCAGUUUAUGGACAUGCUUUUCCCCGGUUGUGUUGGAUUGAAGAAGGUAAAAUUUCAAGCCAAACUGGAACAUGAAUAUAUUCACAAUUUCAAGCUUUUACAAGCAGCUUUCAAGAGAAUGGGUGUUGACAAAAUUAUCCCUGUUGAUAAACUAGUGAAAGGGAAGUUUCAAGAUAAUUUUGAGUUUGUUCAGUGGUUCAAGAAGUUCUUUGAUGCAAACUACGAUGGUAAAGAUUAUGAUCCAAUACUUGCUCGGCAAGGUCAGGAUGCAGGCCCACCACCUAAUCACAGUGAGCAGGUUUUGAACAAAACCAAGAAAACACUCAGUACUGGAAGCACAGAUGACAGUCCAAAUGCUACCAUCAGAGAAGAGCCUCUGAAACCAAGUAUCUUUGUAACAAAUUUAACAAGAAAAAUUGUAACUCAAAAGGUUUAUCCAACACCAAAAGUUUCAGCUACUCCAAAACCUGUGUCAGCUGCACCAAAAAGGCCUGCGAUGGUGGGGAAUGGUGAUGCACAAGUUGCGGAGUUAGCUCAACAGAUCAAUGUACUAAAAAUUACAGUGGAAGAUCUUGAAAAAGAAAGAGACUUUUAUUUUGGCAAACUGAGAAAUAUUGAGUUAAUCUGCCAAGAAAACGAACAAGAUAAUGAUCCAGUGAUCCAGCGAAUUGUGGAGAUUUUGUAUGCAACUGAUGAGGGAUUUGCUGUACCAGAUGUAGCAGAUGAACAGCCAGAAGAACAGGAAGAAUAUUAAACUUGGAAGCAGCAUACCUAUGGUUGGAAUAUCCUGCCAAAAAUCAUGUGUGCACGUGCACAUCCACAGAGGAAAAGACACUCUUAUUUUCUGUAAAGUCAAAAGAGCUUUGUUUGUAAUUUUGUUAGUGUAAGCAAAAUUAAAAUGUACCUCCUUUCUAAAUAAGUGCACUUUGCAGAAGUUUCAGUCCACAUUGAGCAAUGACUGCUUCUACACACACAUCUUGAGCAGUAUUUGCAGGUGUGGAAUGGAUAUUCUUGAAGAUCCUGCAGAGUACCAUUAUAACAUCUUGAUUCUUUUUUUUGCCAUCACGAAAAGCAGACCUGCUCUUGACAGUGUUAAAAGAGGAUGAUAGAAUGAUCACUGCAUGAUGACUGAAAAUUGCACUGUAAUGGAAAGUGUAUAGAAUGGUUCAGAUCUUUAUACAUUAUCAGUUAUGUUAAUAGUUAUAGUGCGUUCCAAACUAUGUUGUGUGUACGUGGCAAGCCAGUUCAAUUGAUGUGCAAGAAAUAAGUUGGCAAUUAAAUGCCGUGCAUGAAUUUUGUAUGGUGAAAUUGACGUUGGAUCAACUGCAGGAAAUUGCUGUGGUGCUAAAAGUUCCCACCACUAAUUGUGGUUGUACUACAGCAGUAAAGUAUUUCCUGAAUUCUUCUGUGGCCUUUUAUUCCUUUUGCUGCCCUAAGACUUCAGUAUGCUGUAAGAAAAAUCAAACUUGGUCUUAAAAUUACAGGGUGUUUUUCUACUCAGAUCAAUUUCUAAUAACAAUAAAGUUUGGUAUUUCAACAAAAUUGUCUGUUGGAAAUGUUGGUACAUUUAUAAUCUUUUUUAAAUAUUCUGAUUACUUAGGACAUUUCUAAAGAAUAGUUUAUUGCUAAUUUAAUUCAAUUGGUUGUAAUAUUUAAAGCUACAUUUGUUCUGAUUAAGAUUUUUAGUUUAUUCAGUAACAAGGAUUAGAACAAGAAAGGAGGUUAAUUAGGCAACAUUAUGGAAAUUUCUCUCUGCCGCUUUAUUUCCUUCCUAGUUGGAAAUGUGUCUUUUUUUUUAGUGUUAUCAAUCAAAUGCCCAUCUUUUGUAUAUUGAAAACUAUUAAAAAAAAACAAUUUAAGAUGUAUUUUGUCAUUUACUUACCACAUUUUUGUGGUUUCACUUGUAAUGAUUUUAAAACAUGUUUUUAUCUUGUUAUUCUUUAGUUAUGUCAUACUUUAAGUGGUCAAAGAAAACUAACAAAAAUAAAAAAAAUCCUUGGCUCCUUGUCAUGGUUUGGGAUGGUGAGUAAAUGAACUGUCGCUGAAAAUAUUCCCUUGUCUGGAAUUUUGAGGGUAACAAGUCGUGCUCAGACACUGCCUAUUACAUGAACUCCCAACCAUUUUGUCGACUAUUCCUCACACAGAAUUUGUUGCUAAAUGAACAACUUGCCUGAUAAUGGGACAUUGUUUAUUUGACAGACUGCUCUGUUCAAUUUUUUUAAAUUUCUACAUUGAAGGCGUAGCUUUUUCAAGGCAUAGCUGACAUAAAGCUGUCUUAUUCUACUGAUUAAUGGCAGCAUUAAGAAUUGCGUGAAAUGCCUUUCAACCUUCCCAAUAACUUGUACAGGUGUUUAAAAACAAUCUGAUUUUAGCUAUGAUACUAAUUUAGCUUGUGGUUUAUGAUUUUUAACUUCCAUAUUAUCAGUAUCAUGUGGGUCUCAAAUCUUACGGGAGCGAGAAGGUUAAAAUAAUGUGAAUAAGUAUCUGAGGGUGACAAGCAGUCUUCUGAUUAUAUAUCCUCACAUCAUAGCCAUCAGGAUCACUUACUCCAGCAACUGUGUGGCAAAUUUCACUGUCCUUUAAAUCAUCCCAUUCAAUAGCUACAGCUACUGAGUUAAAGGCCACAUUUUCAACCUUUAACUGCUGUGAAAUUUCAACUUAUCCUUGCAAACUGAAUUGCCACCUGCCAAGUCUCAACACAACUGACAUCAGCUCAAAGUUCCUAAAGUCGACUUUUUUUAAACCAUUUCUUGUCAGUUUCUAUACGUGGGUUGCCAUUUGCUACUUAAUGUGAUCCUGUAGAGUAAUAAGUCAUAUCUUUUGAUUUAUGAGUUGCAUGUUUAAGAUAGUUUCUGUAAAUGUUCCAGCAUUGAAAUAAUUCCACAGAGAAUUCCCCCAAGCCUGUUUACCCAAGGAAUUUUGGAUAUAAGAAAUACCAUAUGUUCUGGAUGUUUAUAUAAACAUUUUCCUAAUUUCAUUCUAAAAUAAAUCUAAUAGUAGAAAUAUAUCACUUGGGUUAUUUACUGAACUUCCAAUUGAGGAGUGAAACUCUAGCUAGUGAUAUCUCAACAUAUUGGUCCAUUUUGUGCUUUGAACAUUAGGGAAAGAUUUUAACUAUAAUGUAGCUGUUAGAUUUUCAGUAGCCUUAGUGGGACUUGGGAAGUGUUAAAUUUUAUGAUAUUGUCAUGGCUGAAAUACUAAGUGACAAGCAUUUUGCAGAGGUGUUGUAUAGAAUAUGAUUUGGAUGAAUGCCAAAUUAAUGAAAUCUAAGUGUUUACUGAUACUGCUAUUUGCUUUUGGAAUUGAAUCAUCUGUCAGAAUCUCAAACUGCCGUUAUCUGAAAGUUGUAGCCUAUAGGGUGAGUGUGAGGAGAGACAAGUGAUUGGAUUGUAAACAUAGCAAGUUAGAAGUUCAAAUUCCAUCACCAGAAAUUCAGCCUUUUCAGAAUAAGUUGAUCAUUAUUAAAAAUGACCGUAUUCUGAAUGAUAGCUUUAAAAUUCCAUCUGCUUCAUUAAAGGUCUGUUAACAUUCAACUCAAAACACCCUUAAAUAACCACUUUAUUGUACUAUAACUGCUACACUGAAAUUGAAAAAUAGUGAAAUCUGAUCAAUAAAACUGAUCAAUUCCUCAUGUUGAGAGGAAACCAAUAUAAUAAAUGAUUAAUGUUGCCAAAUUUACUGUGACACAUGGAUCUGAGUAUGAGAGGAGUGCAGAGCCUUGUGUACAAAAAAAGUUUUAUUGGGGACUAUCUCUCAACAAGUGAUCAGAUAAAAGCCUUAUAGUUGUACCACUUCUAGUAAUUGAUAGUAGGGCAAGGCUAUAAAAAUAUUUUCACUCUCAAUGAUGCUGGCACCCAGUACAGCAGUGCUAAAGACACGGCAAUCAUGUUUGGCUUAAAAUGCAGAGCAGACGAUACUUUUUUGCUUUUCUCCUCAGUUUCACGGAAACCAAUCUGUGGCCAAGUCAGUGCCUGUAUUCAUAGAGGAGGUUGAUAGGUUUUUGAUUAGUAAGGGCAUCAAAGGUUACAGGGAGAAGGCAGGAGAAUGGGGUUGACAGGGAUAAUAAAUCAGUCAUGAUAGAAUGGUGGAGCAGGCUCAGUAAGCCAAUGGCCAAAUUCAUCAACACAAAAUGCUGGAGGAACUCAGCAGGUCAGGCAGUAUGUAUAGAAGUGUAUAGAUGGACGACAUAUUGUGCUGAAACCUGUCUUCAGGACUGAGAAGUGUCUCUGCCCAAAACUUCAACAAUCUAUUCAUUUCCAUAGAUGCUGCCUGACUUGCUGAUUUCCUCCAGCACUGCAUAUGUGUUUGCUUUGGAUUUCCAGCAUCUGCAGACUUCCUUGUGUUUAUGGCCUAAUUCUGCAGCUUUGUCUUAUGGUCUUUAUGAUCUUCAUCCAAGUAGUUUCACUCCAUUUGAUGUCAAAAAUAGCUGAGAGCACUGGAUACUGCAAAGGCUAUAGAGCCAGAUAAAGCCCUAGCUGUAGAACUGAAAGCCUGUUCUCUAGAAAUCACACAUUUGGUUAAGCCAUUCCAGUACAGGACUGGCAAUUUCCCAAAAAUGUGGGAAAUUGCUGUGUUAAAUUAUGUUCAUGAAAAAUAGGACAAAUCUAAUCUGAACAAUUGGUGCCAAAUCGGUUUAUUAACAAAGUGAGGGAGUGAUUGCUGAUAGUGACACUAACCAAUAACCAGGUUACAAUUUGGCACUUUGCCUGUUUGGCUCUAAACUUCAUACAUCCUUUGUUCAAAUGUGGAGAGAUGAAAAAGCUUAAUUUAAAAGGUGAGGUGAGUGUGAUUGCUCACAUCAAUUUGACCAACUGUGGUAUCGAGUGCAGUAUCAAGGGGAAAAACAAACACUGGAGUUAAUCUCAGCUAUGUACUUUAAGAACCUUGUAUGGAAAACAAAACUUGCUAUCUGGUUCUAGGGCAAGUUAUUCCCAUUGUUUUUUGUACAGAAACUGACUAUAUCAAUUUUGAUCUCAGUCCCUGCUCAAAUCAGUUUCAUUUUUGGACCAACAUAGUCUUCCUCUAAUGUAAGCUGUGAUGAAAGCAAUUAUUUAAUGUAGAACAGGAAGUGAAUCAUAAACAAAAGUGCUAUAUUGCCCACAACAUAAAUUGCAGUUGGAAAAGUGUCACCUGUUGUCUGGUUGUUGGUGUAAAUUUGUAAAUCAUGACACUUCAGGGUGUGGUCCAAGUAUUUUUUAGAUACAACAAAAAGUUAAUUUCUGCCAUUGCCACCCUCUGUCUUUCUUUUUUUUUAAAAAAAAGUGUCCUCCCUCAUGGAAGUCUGAGGUAAUGUUAAUAUGAAAGCAGAAAACAAAAUUAAGUAAAUGACUUGCAUGCUUCAUUUACAUGUUGCAUUAUAGAAGUGCUUUCUGUAGAUUAUAUAAAUCUUUGAGAUAUGUUGCCCUCUGUUACUGUGUCACUAAAAUUAAUUUGUUGACAAAUAAAAAUCCCACGUUAAAACAUGA